ACAUUUUCUCAAUCGUUUUGCACCAAAUUUGUUGCAGCAGCAAGGCCGGGGAGUUUGCCUUGACUCCCCUCACUACCAAAAUAAAUGUACAGGGCAGGAUUGUUCCACUGAGCAGCCGUGACUGGGGAGAGGGAAGAAGGAAGGAGAUGGUACGUGCCGACAGCUCUAAACUGAUUGCGGUGAGGAUUGCUAUGUAUGAGAGAGUUCAGGGGGGAAAGAGGAGGAAGUCACAGAGGCAGCCAAGGCUCGCAGGAUGGCAAGAGCCAAGCUGAAGAAUUCCCCUUCAGAGAGCAAUUCCCAUGUCAAAACUGUCCCACCUGCGACGACAGAAGAUGUCCAUGGGGUGAGCCCCUUGUUACCGUCUCGGAGGAUGGGAUCCAUGGGGAGUGAUGUCGGACAAAGGCCUCACGCCGAGGAUUUCAGCGUGGAUUCCUCCUUCUCACAGGUGCAGGUCGAGUUCUACGUGAAUGAAAACACCUUCAAGGAGCGGCUGAAGCUCUUCUUCAUCAAAAACCAGCGAUCGAGCCUGAGGAUCCGGCUCUUCAACUUCUCUCUGAAGCUGCUCACGUGCCUCCUGUACAUCGUCCGUGUCCUGCUCGACAACCCUGAGGAGGGCAUAGGCUGCUGGGAAUGCGAAAAGCAGAAUUACACAGCGUUCAACCAGUCCACCAACAUAAACUGGUCACACAUCUUUUGGGUGGACAGAAAAACGCCGCUGUGGGCCGUGCAGGUCAGCAUCGCUCUCAUCAGCUUCCUGGAGACCAUGCUGCUCAUCUAUCUCAGCUACAAGGGGAACAUCUGGGAACAGAUUUUCCGCAUUUCCUUCAUCCUGGAGAUGAUCAACACGGUGCCGUUUAUCAUCACGAUAUUCUGGCCUCCUUUGCGGAAUUUGUUUAUUCCCGUGUUUCUGAACUGCUGGCUGGCCAAGUACGCCCUGGAGAACAUGAUUAACGACCUGCACCGAGCCAUCCAAAGGACCCAGUCGGCGAUGUUCAACCAGGUGCUCAUCCUGAUCUGCACCCUCCUGUGUCUCGUGUUCACGGGGACCUGUGGCAUCCAGCAUUUAGAAAGAGCAGGUGAGAAGCUCUCCCUCUUCAAGUCCUUCUAUUUCUGCAUCGUCACCUUUUCCACUGUGGGCUACGGAGAUGUGACACCAAAGAUUUGGCCUUCCCAGCUCCUCGUCGUCAUCAUGAUCUGCGUGGCCCUGGUGGUGCUGCCGCUCCAGUUCGAGGAGCUCGUCUACCUGUGGAUGGAGCGGCAGAAGUCGGGCGGGAAUUACAGCCGGCACCGCGCGCAGACGGAGAAACACGUGGUGCUCUGUGUCAGCUCCCUCAAGAUUGAUCUCCUCAUGGACUUCCUCAACGAGUUCUACGCCCACCCACGCCUGCAGGAUUACUACGUGGUGAUCCUUUGCCCAACAGAGAUGGACAUCCAGGUGCGGCGGGUGCUGCAGAUCCCCCUGUGGUCACAGCGGGUGAUUUACCUGCAGGGCUCUGCGCUGAAGGACCAGGACCUCAUGAGAGCCAAGAUGGACAAUGGAGAAGCUUGCUUCAUUCUCAGCAGCCGAAACGAAGUGGACCGAACAGCGGCGGACCACCAGACCAUCCUGAGGGCCUGGGCUGUCAAAGACUUUGCUCCAAACUGUCCUCUCUAUGUUCAGAUCUUAAAGCCAGAAAACAAAUUUCAUGUCAAGUUUGCAGAUCACGUUGUCUGUGAAGAGGAGUGCAAAUACGCCAUGCUGGCCCUGAACUGCGUCUGCCCCGCCACCUCCACCCUCAUCACGCUGCUGGUGCACACCUCCCGUGGCCAGGAGGGCCAGGAGUCCCCGGAGCAGUGGCAGCGGAUGUACGGGCGCUGCUCGGGCAAUGAGGUCUAUCACAUCCGCAUGGGGGACAGCAAGUUCUUCAUGGAGUACGAGGGGAAGAGCUUCACCUACGCCGCCUUCCACGCGCACAAGAAGUACGGGGUCUGCCUGAUCGGCAUCCGGAGGGAGGAGAACAAGAGCAUCCUGCUGAACCCCGGCCCGCGGCACAUCAUGGCAGCGUCGGACACCUGCUUCUACAUCAACAUCACCAAGGAGGAGAACUCUGCCUUCAUCUUCAAGCAGGAGGAGAAGCAGAAGAAGAAGGGCUUUGCGGGCAGAGACAGCUACGACGGCCCCUCCCGCCUGCCCGUGCACAGCAUCAUCGCCAGCAUGGGGCUCGACGCUUUGCUGCCUCUCCCCCGCUUAGAGCGUGUUUGCUGUGCUCCCUCCCCGCCGUGUCCAGGUACAGUGGCCAUGGACCUGCAGAACACCGAGUGCCGCCCUGCCAACAGCAGCAAGCUGGCACUGCCGGCCGAGAACGGCUCGGGCACGCGCCGGCCCAGCAUCGCCCCCGUCCUCGAGCUGGCCGACACCUCGUCCCUGUUGCCCUGCGACCUGCUCAGCGACCAGUCCGAGGACGAGAUGACGCAGUCGGACGAGGAGGGGUCGGCGGUUGUGGAGUACGUGAAGGGCUACCCCCCGAACUCGCCCUACAUCGGGAGCUCCCCGACCCUGUGCCACCUUCUGCCUGAGAAAGCCCCGUUCUGCUGCCUGAGGCUGGACAAGGGCUGCAAACACAACAGCUUUGAGGAUGCCAAAGCCUACGGGUUCAAGAACAAACUGAUCAUCGUUUCUGCGGAGACGGCAGGGAACGGGCUCUACAACUUCAUCGUCCCGCUGCGGGCGUACUACCGCUCCCGCAAGGAGCUCAACCCCAUCGUGCUGCUGCUGGACAACAAGCCUGAGCACCACUUUCUGGAGGCCAUCUGCUGUUUCCCCAUGGUUUACUACAUGGAGGGCACCAUUGACAACCUGGACAGUUUGCUGCAGUGUGGCAUCAUCUAUGCUGACAACCUGGUGGUGGUGGACAAGGAGAGCACCAUGAGUGCCGAGGAGGACUACAUGGCAGAUGCCAAGACAAUUGUCAAUGUCCAGACCAUGUUCAGGCUCUUCCCCAGCCUCAGCAUUAUCACGGAGCUGACCCACCCCUCCAACAUGAGGUUCAUGCAGUUCAGAGCAAAGGACAGUUACUCUCUGGCCCUUUCCAAACUAGAAAAGAGAGAGCGCGAGAAUGGCUCCAACCUGGCCUUCAUGUUCCGGCUGCCCUUCGCGGCCGGGAGGGUCUUCAGCAUCAGCAUGUUGGACACACUGCUCUACCAGUCGUUCGUGAAGGAUUACAUGAUCACCAUCACUCGGCUGCUGCUGGGCCUCGACACCACGCCGGGCUCCGGGUACCUCUGUGCGAUGAAGAUCACUGAGGAUGACCUGUGGAUCCGGACGUACGGCCGCCUCUUCCAGAAGCUUUGCUCCUCCAGUGCCGAGAUUCCCAUCGGGAUUUACAGGACGGAGUCACACAUGUUCGCAACCUCCGAGCCCCACGACAUCAGAGCACAGUCACAGAUCUCAAUCAAUGUUGAGGACUGCGAGGACACGAAGGACGUCAAGGAGCACUGGGGCAUCAAGACGAGCCACCACCGCAACUCGUGUUCCAGCGACCAGUCGGAGCACCCGCUGCUGCGGCGCAAGAGCAUGCAGUGGGCCCGGCGGCUCAGCAGGAAGGGCAACAAGCACUCCAGCAAGACGGCCGAGUGGAUCAGCCAGCAGCGCCUCAGCCUGUACCGGCGCUCCGAGCGGCAGGAGCUGUCCGAGCUCGUAAAAAACCGUAUGAAGCACCUGGGCUUGCCCACCACCGGGUACGAGGAUGUAGCAAAUUUAACAGCCAGUGAUGUGAUGAAUCGGGUAAACCUGGGAUAUUUGCAAGACGAGAUGAACGACCACCAGAACACCUUGUCCUACGUCCUGAUCAACCCCCCCCCGGACACGCGGCUGGAGCUCAACGACAUCGUGUACCUGAUCCGCUCCGACCCGCUGGCCCACGUGGCCAACGACGGCCACAGCCGCAAGAGCAGCUGCAGCAACAAGCUGGGCUCCGGCAACCCCGAAACGCGCGACGAGACCCAGCUGUGAGCAGCCCCCGUGCCCCGCGUCCCUCCGGGCCGAGGCUCCGGGACAGGCGGGGAAGGAGAGGACGGCCCGGCCGGAGGGGAAGGCGGCUGCUGCCCGCGGUGCCCCGGAGAAAGGCGAUGCCCAGCCUGGCUCUGCGCCGCGGGAGGGAUGCCCGGAGCCCCGGGAGGGGCGGCACAGCCGGACACACCCGCAGCCGGUGGCCGUGCGCCCCGCGGAUUUUAACUUUUUAUACCGAUACCGCAACUAGUGAGAAAGUCUUCACUGGUGCUGGUGGGACGUGGCGGAGCCCAGACGCCGAUGGCCCUGGGGGAGCAGGGCUGUGUUUGAUACUGCCCCGGAUGGUGCAGGUUGGUUGCAUUUAUGGGGCUGGUCAAGGCGAGAGUAAAACUGCACCGAAACCCUGCUCCUCUUCCUCCUCCUCCUUCACCAGGUGUCCCCCAGGGUACCCAAACUUAUGCUCUUUCACCCAACUCAUGUUGUUCAUCCUCUGCUGGGUUCCUGUUCCGGGUGUCCGCACCCGGAGCUGCGCCAGGCACUGGGAAAGGACCCUCAGGUGGCCGUGGGACAGUCGGGGUGGAUGGGACACGGUGGUGCAGCCCCCACGGUGCCAUGGCAGGGGCUGCUCUGCCCCCAGCGCCUCGUGGCAUCUCUCAAACCAAAACACGCCAAGCCCGGGGGGCUGAAAGCCCGGCCACCCCUGUGGCAGUGCCUCUGAGCCCCUGGGUUUGUGUCCCCCCUUGCUGCUGCUGGAGCUGAGCUGCCUGGGGGGAUUCAGGGAUCUCAGUCCUGGGGUUGGAUGGGCUGGGCUGGCCAGGGCCACACACCCUUGCAUGUGGUGGUUUGGUGUCUCCACUCGGCCCUUUCCCCUCCGGCCAGGGGCAGUCUGGGCUCUGUCCUGGCCAUGGCCUGCUGUCCUUCCCCUCCCCGCGGUCACGGGUCGGUCACACCGUUAAGGCAGCGGGUUCUGCCUGUCCCCCCGUCCACCACGGCCCCCUGGCAGCCCCAGCCAGCCCUGCUGGGCUCUGUCCCCCCUGUCCCCAUGGCUUCCCCUGCAGCAGAGGUGCAUGAAGGUCCCCCCGGCCCCGCAGGGACCUGGCGCUGCCACAAACACCAGAUGUGUUUUCCAUCUACUUUUGCACAUUCUACAACGUCGAUGUGGAAAGGGUUUAUUUGACUGCCAAGUGAAUAACUGAGUUGUUAACUUGAUAUACUCUUGUGUUCAUAUCUUACAAUUCCAAUGUGAUUUUUUUUUAGCAAGGAGCUUGUAAAGCACAACAUGGCCGUGAAAUCCAUCAGCUUCCUGCUCUCGCUGCCAGCUGAAUGGUUUUAUUGCCAUUAACAUUCACUAUUUGCUCCCCAUGACACCCCCAAUCAAUGUUUACAAAGAAAACAAAAAAGAAAACAAGCCAAAACCUGUUAAAAAUGAGUUUUAAACAGCUGGGGAGAUGCCCCAGCCUAUGGGGAUGUACUGCCCAUCCUGCCCGUGGCCCUGAGAGAGACUUGGAGAUGCCCAGGGCAUCUAUGCCAAGGCUUGAAGGUGUUGAGAGAGCCCUGCUGUGCCUGGAUGAGGUUUGGGGUCCAUCUUUAAUUUUUUUUUAUUGUUGUUUUUUCCUGAAGUGCCAGGCAGGAGACCCUGAGUGGUGGCACAUCCCAGGCUUGGGGAGGUACCACAGGUAAAAGCAAUGAGUGCACUCCUCCUGCCCCACUGAGCUGAGGGCACAAACAGAACUGUCUUUAAAGCUUUUUAGGGUUGUUUUGAUGGAUUUUUAAUGCUUAAUUUUGUAUCUGUUUGGUUAAGGCAGGCCCAUGUUUUAUUUAUUUCUGUUUGUAGCUUCACACAUCAAAUCUGUCAUUUCAAAUGGCAAAAAGAAGUUGGAGGUUAAAAAGUGGGUGUGGUUGAAGUACAAAAGGACAUGUGGGCUCUGUGUGUGUAAGUGUCUGCAUUUCAGAUGGAUCAUUUUCCAAACCCCACUUUGCUUUCAAGGGAGAGUGGAACAAAGCAGUGGUACAGGUUAACAAAAAAACCAAACCAGCAAACAAACAAAAGCCCAGACCCCAAAUUCAACAAAAGGUGUGAUUAGUUGCGUGUAUUUACUGAGAACAUACAAUUUUUAUGAUUUUUUGUUUGUUUGGCUGUGAGCUGUGUGUACGAGCAUAAGGAAGCGAGUGCAGCUCCUCAGCUCAACCUUCCCCUGGCAAGAAAAUUAAAUUUCUUUUGAAAACCCUUAAAUUACUUAAAAUUUCACCCCCCAGCCCUGAGCAGCCAGGUCAGCCACGUGGCCAAAUCCAGGGUCCAUGUUCCAGAGGCUCCACUGGCCGUGGUGUUGGGUCCCUCCUUCCUCGGUGGGCACACACAGGUCCUUCCUGCCCCUAAUCCAGGGAGAAAAUGAUCCCAAGAGGAAACCACACGCCAAAAGGACUGAAGCCUCUGUGUGGUUUGUGAUCCUAUCAAAAAGCCCUCAAUAGUCCUGUACUUUGACGAUGCUUCUGUUUGUUCAGUGUAUAAAUCCCCGCAUUUGAAGCGGAAGCUCCGUGUACAAACCCUCGGCGUUCCUGCUCUGGUGUAAAUUUCCAGCCGUCCUUCCCACGGGAUGGGGAAAACCCUGUAAAUACUCACCUGUGGGCAAUGCAAGUCUGAGACCCAAGGGUUCAUUUUUCUAAUUCCUUAGCCUCAGUUACAAUACUAAUGUAAAAACAAAAGCAGUUUAUUUUUCUAAUGGUCCUGCCAACGUCGAUGCAGCGACAAAGAGUUGUUCCUGCCGCUGAAAGGGCCCACGGGGAGAGGGGCACGAGGAGCUUCCAUGGCAAGAGGAGAAUGGCUGUUGCUCCCAACCAUGGAAAAAUCCCAUUUUCCGGAGGAAAUAGUUGUGUUCCAAUGCAGAGACCUGGCAGGCUCUGGGGGAUGCAGAAACGAGGACAGCUGGGAUAUUUUGGGGUUUUCCAGCAACGGCUCCGGUGCAUGUUCCGUGUCCACUAACAGUUUGAUACGCUCAAUAUGGACCGAAUCCAUAUAGUCUGCAUUAAACUCAACUACUCAAACCAAUGUUAUGAGUAUAUUUAUUUCCUGUUAUACCCCUUUUUAUUUAAUCUCUAUAGAACAGGACCUUUUUAUUCCAAGCUCAGCUCCUGCAUGGAUUUUUAUCAGCAACAGCACCUCCCGUCUUUCCUCUCGGAGACCCAAUUCCGGGAGCUGCUCUGCUGGGAUGCAGCCAGCCAAGGGGAGAGGGUUUUGUACAAUUCUUGUGAAGAUGCUUCACAUUUCUGUAAAGAUAAAUGAAAAUAAAAGAGCUGCAUGCAGCAACAGGAGA